GUGAGGAUUUAACAUUUUAUUGCUCCAUUUUUAUUGUGAUAUCCUUUGCUACAACCAUAGAGACGGUCAGUGAACGCCCCAAAGAAGGGUCAUUGAAGUCAGGGAAUUCCGAGUUCACUUUCUCUGAUGUGGCAACUAUCACCAAUUACUUUAGUCGUACCAUCGGUAGAGGAGGAUUCGGACAAGUUUAUCUAGGCACUUUGACAGAUGGCACUCAGGUUGCCGUCAAGAUGCGUUCUCAAUCAUCAAUACAAAGCCCCAAGGCAUUACAAGCCGAGGCGAAACUCUUGACGAGAGUUCAUCAUAAAAACUUGGUUCGUCUAAUUGGGUACUGCAAGGAUGGUACACACAUGGCUCUCAUUUAUGAAUACAUGUCCAAUGGAAACUUGCAAAACAAGUUAUUAGGGAGAGAAGCUGCAGAUGUUUUGAAUUGGAAACAGAGACUUCAAAUUGCAGUAGAUGCAGCACAUGGAUUGGAGUAUCUACACAAUGGCUGUAAGCCACCAAUAGUCCACAGAGACAUGAAAUCUUCCAACAUUCUAUUAACUGAAACACUGCAAGCCAAGGUAGCUGAUUUUGGGAUGUCCAGAGAUCUUGCAAUUGAAAGUGGAGCUUUCAUAUCAACUGUCCCUGCAGGCACACCUGGAUAUCUGGAUCCGGAAUACCAGUCAACGGGAAUUUUGAAUAAGAAGAGCGAUGUUUACAGCUUUGGGAUUGUUUUGUUGGAGCUAAUCACCGGCCAGCCUGCGAUAAAGAACCCUGGGAACAUUCAUAUAGUUGGAUGGGUUAGUCCUAUGAUUAAAAGAGGGGAUAUGCGAAGCAUUGUUGAUCCAAGGUUACAAGGAGCUUUCAACGCCAAUUCUGCCUGGAAAGCCCUAGAGUUAGCCUUAGCAUGUGUAGCAUUAACAGGAAUGCAAAGGCCAGAUAUGAGUCAUGUACUGGAAGACUUGAAGGAAUGUUUGGAGAUGGAGGUGACUUCCAGGAGAAUUCAAAGUGUAGGUAGCCACAGCAUCGGAUCAGGCAAUUCCCUGGACGAUCUUCCCUUGAUUCUUGGCACUCAAUUGGGUCCCCGUGCUAGGUAGUUGUUGGACGCUCCAUUUUAAUGUGAUAAAUUUGCUUAAUGUUAGCAUGUGGGAAUAUGGAUUAUGGUGCACUCCUCUAUAUUUUGAAUUGUGUUCAUGAAAAAAUCUAUAUUGGGUAAUUGUACCAACUUUUUAUAUAUUGGGUAAUUGUACCAACUUUUUAGGAUUUCAUUAAGUUGAAACAUGGUAGGCUUAGAUUUGCCUAUUUGGUUUCA